ACGCUGCGCUGGCUGGAAAAAUUCCACCCUGCUCUGCUUCUGCCCAAAGAAUUGCAGAGCAGCAUCUCUGCCGCCCUUUGCCAGGGCUCUGACAGACCUGCCAGGCUGGGCUUUGUCAGCCAGGGAGGGAACGCUGCUCCAUUUGCUGUUAUUUAACCCUUAACCUGAACUUCAGGAAGGGACAAACGCAGCCUGGGGAGGGAUGAGAUGCUGAUAACGCGCUUGACUUCUGCUUAUCUGAAGGCAUUUCGUGUGGUCAGCCCCGCUGCAGGGCCCGGAGCGGACAGUCUGUGGAGCCCCUCUGGAUUUAACACUUCUUUUUCAGCUUUCUGCGGUGGAGGAGAGGGGCCAGCACUUGCAGCCGCUCCUGCUCUGGGUCUGGUCUGUGCUGGGGCGGGUGAUGCUCCAGUACAAACUGCUGUGGGUGCAGGAGCAGUUGGGCUGUGCUGCUGGGGAGGAACAAGCCUCGUGGUGCAGAAUGCCCCUCAUUAGGUUUCCUUUUUUUUUUUUUUUUUUUUUUUUUUCUCUGAAGGUGGUCCAGUGGUCAGAAUCAGAGACGGUGCGACUUCAGCUCUGGGACAUUGCAGGGCAGGAACGCUUCACGUCCAUGACGCGGCUGUACUACAGGGAGGCGUCAGCCUGCGUUAUCAUGUUUGAUGUCACCAACAUCAGCACGUUCAGCAACAGCCAGAAGUGGAAGCAGGAUUUGGACAGCAAGCUCAUGCUGCCAGACGGCAACCCAGUGCCUUGCCUGCUUCUGGCAAACAAAUGCGACCUCUCCCCAUGGGCUGUGACAAGAGAUGAAGUGGAUCGGUUCAGCAAAGAAAACGGCUUUUCUGGUUGGGUGGAGACGUCUGUCAAGGAAAAUAAGAAUAUUAAUGAGGCCAUGAGAGUCCUGAUUGAAAAGAUGAUGUCCUCAUCCACUGGUGAUGGAAGUUCCUCUGCUGCCGGGAGUGGGGAUUAUAUUAACAUAAAAGAGACAACCCCACCAGGCUGGGCUUGCUGUUAGAUGCACUGACUACACCAUCUGCCUUGGGUCUAGCAGCAAUGUCUUUUUAUUAUCAUCAUUUUUUUCCUAAAUUGGCUGUCACUGUUUUUUUGGGGGGGGUUUCAUGUGAUUGUGGACUGCCUUCUGGUUAGUGCAUAUUCUCCCUCAGCAGAGCAUUGCUACAAUGACUUGGGGUGAGGAGUGGAAAGAAGGGAGGAGUGAGAAGAUUCCUUUCUUCUAGUGUAGUAGCAACUGGGAGCUCUGCUGCUAGUAAUGUAGCACAGUCCGUGGUCAAGCAUAUGUCUUGGAUUAAUUUUUUUAUUUUUUAUUUUUCGAGCACUUCAUCUUCCGACAUGUGAUGCCCUGUGUCAGGCAGGGCGAAGGAUGUCGAAGGUAUAUUUUUAAUAUUGUUGCACCUUUUUAUUUCCCACCGCCUGCACCCACCAUACACAGAGGCACCAGUCCAAAGCGUUAGAGUGACCCUCAUUUGAUGCACACAGAGUUCAAGCAGUGGGGAUUCCAGGGUGGGAUUACAACAAACUCUUUACGUUAUGCUCUGGAACUACAGACCUCUGCUCACGUGUCCUGGAGGGACCAGCACAUCCCACCACUGCCACUGACCGUCCUUAAGAUGUGAAGCCAGAUGUGGAUUAGCACGGUGUCCCACGUAACCAGACCUGUAAAAUUAUCAGUGUGAAUUUGAGAAAUGGUGUAGCACAGCCCACGCUGUCGUGUGUACUGACUGGGGUGUGUAACAGCAGAGACUUCAAAUUUUUGUCAAGAAUUGCCCAGUUGCCUUCUGUUCGUUCCUUCUCGCUCACCCUCUCUCUAGCACAAUCCUCUGUGUUCUGUUCUGCUGCCACUUUAUUAGGGCACGGAGCGCUGAAUGAGGAAUAGGUUGUAAACUCCUUUGUAUGACAGAACAACAGCCCUUUUCACUUUUUGAACACCCUGUAUCCUACCAUCUCAAAUAGCUUUGCAGCCACUGAUGAAUUGGCCUCCCCACAAUCAUUCUGUAGCGACGAGUGGAUUUGGUAGCAGGGAUGGUGCAGGAGAGGCAGCUCUCCCAAAGCCGACCUGCUGGCUUUAGUGGUGCGAGGGGGGAGCAAAGGAGAAGACUUUGCAGGACGAAAGGAAAGGAAGAGAACCGCUCCCCACCUGCCUCUUGGUGUCUGCUUUCCCUAGCACGUCCCCAGGUACUCGUUAGUGAGAACGGUUCUUGCCAACAACAACAAAAAAUUGGUAAAAGCUCUCUAGGUAGUUAUCUCAGGAGAGUUAAUAGGAAACUCAGUCUGUAGGGCUGGACUUACAGAGCGCUGCAUGUGGUUUGUUGAAGGUUUAUGCUGUAGAAUUGUCUUGCCCGUGUUUUACGUUAGGAUUUGAACAAGUCUUCGGUAACGUUUUCUCCUUUUUGAGUCGUUUAGUUUGAAAAUGGGACUAUAAAUCGGUUUGUCCCGAUUCCCGCUCGAUUAGAACUGCUUUUCUUUGGCAAAAUAUUCCUUCUGUCUGUCUUUUCUUACUUUAUAUCAUCAGUGGAGGGAGAAGGUGGUAGGAACAGGAACUGCUUUCACUAAAGACAAAAAAUUCUUGAGUUUUCAUUCUCCGGAGUUGAAAAAGAUUGAUAAGUAAACAGUAAGAGCUAAGAAAUUUAGAACUAGUGUUGUUGUGUUCCACUGUUUUAAUUAAAAGCUAAAAUGUCGGGGCUAGGAUUCUGUUGUGCAACUUUUAUCAAAUUUGGUUUUAUAGGCACUUAAAUAUUCCCUGUUCUGUGCUGAUGGGAUUCACUGUAGAAACGUGUGAAGUGUGUAGAACUGGUUAGCAACAAAAGUGAACUGUCUUGUUGAAUUUUACUUCCUAAACACUGUUUAAAAAAAAAAAUUGUUUAGUCCUAUAAAUACUUUUAGUUCUUUAUGGAACAUGGAGAGAAGGGUCUAAUGUUUUAAAGGAUCUGUCACUAAACCACAAAGAUUCAUGUGUUAUUUAUUGAUUUCUGCACCUCAGAGCGUUUCAGCAGAGAGGUCAAGGGUUAGAGCUCUCCUUACAGCUGGAGAAACCGAGGCACGUGGUAGGAAUCUCUGCCCAGGACCAAUUGACCACUCAAGUCAGUAGGAGCUUGGCACUGAAAGGAAAAUUUCUGUUUCGAUGGCCCAGCUGCUAGGCCAGGGAUCUUUUGCGUGUCCGUUUGAUAGGUACCAGUGCCUCUUUGAUGUCUGGACCUCUUAAUCUGGACCUUUUUUCCUUAAGUGCCUUUCAGAAACAAAGAAAAAGCCAAAGCAAGAUCUUUGAAGGUUUUCUUCUAUUAUACAUCAUUUCUGUUCUGCCCAGUGGUUUCCGGUACCAGUGUAUGCCCUGGGGUUUGGGGUUUUUUUUUCCACACUGCUUACUGCUUGUUAACACCUUAAUAGAUGCAGUAGACAAAUGUCAAAACCCAAGCCUGCACAACAAAAACAGUCGUUGCUUGAGAUGGGUAUAAAAACCCAAUCAGACAGGAAAACGAUCUCACUGUGCAGAUGUGUGUGUUUUUUCAGAGCUUGCUCUGUGACACAUUAGGUGCUUAAAAUAGCAAAGCAAAACAAAAAACCAACCCCUUGGUUGAGUCCUGUAAACUAAACUGAUUGAAAAGCUCGAACUAAACACAGCUCUUUGCUGGGACAGGCAGUGUGGAAAGAACAGUUGCCUGUGAAGCUGAUUGUGCCCAGCUUGUGCUGGCUGAAAUAAUUCUUAAGUUUUUAAAACAACUGAAAGGGAAAAGCCAACUUGAGUGAAGCGGUUCCUGAGAAAUAUUUUAAACAAAGUCUUGUUCACGCAGACCGAUAAAAACUUGAAUCUUUCAAAUAUGAAUCAGAAAAGCUUCGUCUUUAUUCUGAUGAACUCUUGAUUCACUGGUGUCUUUGACAGGAAUGACCUGUUUUGAAAAUGAAGGUGCUUGAUUUUCCCUUCUGCAGUGCCUGCUUUGACUUUGUACUCUUAGUGUGACUCUGGGCCAACUGUACCUAUUUCCCUCUCUCCCACGUGUUGUUUCUCAUUCCUGUAUCUUUAAUUUGUGGUCAUGGGCCUCAAAGCCACAUGAAGUUUAAACGGUGCAUUUUAGAUGUUGAUGACAGCACACUGUGGGUCCACAGAGCUGAAAAUUUUUACUGCAAUAGAAUUUGAAAGCAUGAGGGCAGACUAUAGUUCAGAAAUAAGUCAAUAAUAUGAAAACUUAGCUUUUUUUUAAGAAAAAAAACACACCUGCUUGCAGGUAUGCAGAAGUAUUUUAGAGACAGGGUUCUGAUUACUGUAAAGUUACAGUAUUACCAUGUUUAUAUUAAGAGAAGAAACUGCUGGGAGGUUUUUCUCCGUAUCAAUCAGUAACUAAUGCAGUAUUGCUAAAGUCUGAAAUAAAAGUUUGACAUUG